GUAUUUAUGGGGAUACAUUCCUGGGUAAGCACUGAACCACUUGAUGCGAUUGUAGAUCGAUUUGCGGUGUCCUCUUAAAAACGCGACAGAUAAGGUAGUAAGCCUGCUUCUGAAUUGAUAGGGACUUGUGUUAUAUAUUGCAGCUUACUGAUUAGCAGCUAGUUAGUUGAGGGAAAACGUCACUCGAGGAUGGAUCUCCAGAAGACAACCUGCAUCCUGGUGGUGUUGCUUUGCGCAAGUGCAGUGCUUUGCGGUGAAGUUGCACGGUACGAUAAUUAUCGCGUUUAUGAAGUCGUUGCCGGUUCUGCUGACCAGCUCGGAGUGCUGAAAGAGCUGCGUGAUUCUAGUGACAGUUACAUUUUUCUUCACGGCGGUAACAAAGUGGGUGAUAAGUUCAAUAUUGUGGUGGCUCCCCACAAAUUUGCAGAUUUUACGGAAACACUUGAAAAUGAAUACAUCACUUUUCGAAUGCUUGAAGCGAAUCUGCAGCAAUCGAUCGACGAAGAACGCAUUAGAAUACAAACAAAACGAGCCAGAGGUGUUUUCGAUUGGACUGAUUAUCACGAGUUGGAUGAGAUUCAUAGCUGGUUAGAGAUGCUUGGUUCCAAGUACGAACAAGUAGAAGUCAUCGAGGGCGGGCAUUCCUAUGAGAAUCGUUCGCUGAAAGGCGUAAAAGUUUCUUACAAAGCUGGAAAUCCUGGCAUUUUCCUUGAAGCUGGUAUUCAUGCUCGUGAAUGGAUUUCUCCAGCCACUGUGACUUACAUUUUGAAUGAGUUGCUUACUAGCACAGAUCCUGCGGUAAGACAUAUUGCUGAAAACUACGAUUGGUAUGUCUUUCCAAGCGUAAAUCCGGAUGGAUACGUGUACACACAUAAAAGAGAUCGUCUUUGGCGCAAAACUCGCACUCGUUAUCCAGCAGGUUGUUUCGGAGCAGAUCCGAAUCGUAACUAGGAUUUCCAUUGGGCUGAACAAGGAACAAGCAAUCGGUGCCAAUCGGAAACCUACGGAGGACCGUACGCUUUUUCAGAAGUAGAAACUAAAACGCUCUCCAAAUACAUAGAAUCGCUGAAGGGAAAAAUCCAAGCCUACAUCGCGUUCCAUUCCUAUUCACAACUGCUACUGUUUCCCUAUGGACAUACGAUCGAACACACGUCCAACCAUGAUGACUUGAAUGAUAUUGCUAACGCUACUGUUACAUCGUUGGCAAAGCGAUAUGGAACCAAAUAUCAGUACGGGAAUAUCUACGAAGCCAUCUAUCCGGCCAGUGGUGCCAGUGCUGAUUGGGCGUACGGUACACUGGGAGUAAAGAUAGCCUACACCUACGAGCUGCGACCGAGUAGCAGCUCCUGGAACGGAUUUGUGCUUCCACCGAGGCAAAUCAUUCCAACUGGCGAAGAGACCUUGGACUCUCUGGUAACACUGGUUGAGGAAUCGGCCAAGAAGGGCUACUAUGAAAAUUAGCGCGGAGUGUUUUACAAAUUGACUAUAAUGGAAUGUAAACUGAACAAUGAAAAGCAAUAACGCUGAUUGUGCCUCUUGAAACAGUGCAAAUAACGAUCUGGUUUAAUUGGCGUUUUGAAGUGUGCUUGCCGGUAGAUAACGUUUCUAAUAUGAUUUGUGCAGCUGAUUGGGAUCAGAAUAUGAAUUCCAUUUGUUGAAUACUAAUACGUGAACUGAACGUAAACUUUAUUUAAAAAUGAACAUUUAGCUCCGUAUGGAAGUUUUUGAAAUAGUGAUUGUGAUAAAUUGAUACAUUUGAAUUAUGCUAAUUAAUUAAGUCAUUAUAUUACAGGAAUAAAGUUUU